AUGGACAAUAAAAUUUAUUUUCUUGGUGGAUCUACAGAACAAUAUCCUAUCGGUACCAAUUAUUUUUUUUAUUUAGACGGUUCAAUACCUUUUAAUUUGGAUUCUACUUUACCAAUAUAUGAUUUAAGCAACGAUGCUCGUUAUAUUCAUCCUCAUAGUUAUGGGUGGGCUCAGGAUUCAUCAAUAUUCAGUAGUGGUGUUCAAUGGUUAUCAGUUGUCUGUAAUAAAAAUGGAUCAUAUAUAUAUACAUAUGGUCGUUAUGAUAAUGCUAAUAAAUAUGUGAUGACUAUUGAAGACACUACCCGGAAUUCAGUAUUGUCUAAUUUGAAUAUAACGAAUUAUCUUGCUCCAGCAAUCUUAUUACCAGAUGGAAGAAUUGCUUAUAUUGGUGAAAUAUUAAGUGAACAUUUGUGGUUUCGGAAUAUUUAUAUAUAUAAUACCAAUGAUGGAACAUGGAGAAAUAUGGCAAAUAAUUUUGUAAAGGAGAAGGCACAAGAUGGCCUUAUUAUUAUUUAUGGAGGAAUGAACAAUAUCAAUUUGGGACCUUCUCCUGAUCAAAUAUUAGUUUUAGAUACCAAAGUAGACCCUUUUACAUGGUCCACUCCUAAUAUCGAUCCUGCACCUAGCUCUACACCAUAUGGUGGACAUACGGCUACUCUUGUUGGAAAUUAUAUGAUUAUUGCAUUUGGAUUUUACCGUAAUGCUACUCGUGACUUUAUUUAUAGUAAUCAAAUUCAUAUGAUUGAUGUGAGCGAAAAAAAUAAUUACAAGUGGGUUAAAAAUUUUAUUCCAACUAAAUCAGCAAUAAUAGGUGGAACAUCGGGUGGUACUGAAACUACUUCAAAUAAUACAAAAACAGCCCAUUCAACUAAAUCACCUGGAGCAGCUCAUGCAGCAAUAAUAGGUGGAACAACUGGUGGUAUUGCAACUGAUAUCUUUUAG